AUGUACCUGGAUGAAACGUACAGUACUUCAAGUUUUGACUGGAAAGCAUUUCUAUGGAAGUAUUUUUCUCGUCGUGCUCGAUCCACAGGUCCAGCGGAGAGAGGAAUCGAGGAAGAAGUCUACUUCAUCAUUGAUGAAGCACAAUGCACCUGGGGGGCGUCAAGUUCAUUCUGGACCAAGACUUUCAUACCCUAUCUGUGGGAAACAGCAGGCCCAAGGUUCUGCUUCUUUGGUCUUCAUCCUCCUAACGACGCAUCUUCCAGCGCUGUUAGAACUGUUGCGUCCAUAGACGUCUGGGAGCAAAAGUUUCUCAAAUCAACCUCCCCAAUUUCUCUGUACUAUUCAGAAUCCGAAUUUGAGGAUGCCGCGGACAGAUACUGCUUGCACGCACAGCCUGCUAUUGAGCUCAACAGAUCGGCACGGAGGUACCUAUACUAUCUUACAAAUGGCCAUCCAAAACUUGUAUCGUCUUGUCUCGUUCUAGUUGAUGAGAUAUCUAGAAGAGCUGAGGACCAACCUCAAAGUCAUAGUUCACGACAUAAAUUGAACCUCGACGCUGUCAAAAAGAUUCUGGAGAAUGAUGAAACAGUGUUUGGGCGCGGCGAGGCGGGAUAUGAAAUGGGUGGACCGCCACUGUCUCCCCUAAAUGAUCAAGAUUGUACGAUUACCGUCCUCCGUAUUCUUCUGUCAAGAGGGAAAAUUCUAUUUUCCCGAAUACUUUUUCCCAGUACUAUUUAUCGGUGGUAUUCUUCCGGUCUUCUGAUUAUGAAGGAUGUUAGCUCGAAUGGGUAUCUGGUAUUUCCAUCGCCGCUACAUCGAAAGUAA